GAUUAAAAAAAGAGGUCGAGGGGUGCGGCCCCGGUGAGUCGGCGACACCGAGGAACGACGGCGGCGCGGCGAGUGGGCGCCGGACUAGAGUCGGCACACGGCCAGGGCGUUCGGCAAGGGGCGCGCGGGAAGUCGGAGAGCAAGCCAGGGGCGGCGCGCGGCCAUAGGGAGCUUCUACAGUUCUGCCAGGCGCUGCGCGCGGCCAGCGAGCGGGUGGAGCGCAUGGCGGUGACACCACAUCAUCGGCUGUACGACUUCGCCAAGACCGCUCUCAUCAAAAUCUUCGCCUUUCCUUAUGCCACGGUCUGCGACAUGUAUUGCGAUGGUCGAGUGGAUACAGAAAAGUGGUGCGAUGCCCAGGUUGGCCACUACAUAGGAAUCGAUGCUUCUGCAUCGGGUGUCAGUGAUGCUCGUGAGCUAUGGGAGAACAAGAGGAAACCUUUCACUGCUGAGUUCAUAGAGUUGGAUCCUUCAGAUGAUGACUUCGAAGCUCAAGUGCAGGAAAAGGGCAUCCAAGCGGAUAUAGUUUGCUGCAUGCAGCACUUAAAGUUAUGCUUUGAGAGUGAGGAGCGGACAAAGAAGCUUCUGAAUAAUGUAUCAUCACUACUCAAACCCGGAGGCUAUUUUUUUGGCAUGGCUCCUGAUUCAUCUACAAUAUGGACUAAGUAUCAAAAGAACGUUGAGGCUUCACACAAUAAGGGUCUGAAGACUGUUCCAAAUAGCAUUCGCUCGGAGAACUAUACCAUUACCUUUGAAGUUGAGGAAGAAAAGUUUCCUUUCUUUGGAAAGAAGUACCAACUCAAAUUUGUGAAUGAAGCAGUGUUUGAUAAUCACUACCUGGUCCACUUUCCCAGUCUUAUGAGAUUAGCAAGGGAGGCUGGACUGGAAUAUGUAGAGAUCCAGAAUUUAACUGAGUUUUAUGAUGACAACAGAACACAAUUUGCCCCAAUGCUUGGUAGUUGUGGUGCAAGUUUUGUGGAUCCUCGUGGAAAGCUUCUUGGUCGUUCCCACGAUAUUUUAGGCUUGUAUUCAACUUUUGUAUUCCAGAAGCCCGACCCAGAUGCAAUACCACCUAUUGUAACACCCGACUUGCACGAUCCUGAUAAUGCUCAUGAAGAGGAAUGGCUCCAAAGGCAACACACAUCAGCUGAUGAUGGUAGGCGCUCACAUGUGGAUGUGAUUCCCAUGGAUCAUGAGAAAGGUAUCCUGGGCCCUGGACCUGCAGAUACGAGGCUUUAGUUUGCUGGAAAUUCAGAUGCAGCUGCACUUGGAAUCCGUGGAGUUCGUUCCAUGUCCAUCACUCCAACCUCGCUGCCUGGUCUUCCUCUUUGCAAACACAUCUGUUGCAAGCCGAGAGGAGCCGACCGGAAGCGGAAACCAACCCAGAACUCUACCAACAUUCCGCCAACUAAUCCGUUCACCUCUGAAAAUUGUAAUAUGGCUGGGUCAUGUCUUGUAACAGCUGGAUAAGGAAAAUGUCUGGUUAAAGCA